AUGACAGUGCAGUUUGGGGGAGAAAUCGCUACUGAUGCGUUGGCGAAGGGGGAAGCAGGAAAAUUACCACUGUGGGUGGUGCAAGCGGUUUUUUUAGACAGUAACGCCAGUCUGUUCCCGACUAAAUUCAAUGAGAUAUUUGCAACAGAGACUUUACCAGAACACGCUGAAGGAGACGGAGCCGGAAGGGUAAGGUUGUACCUUAGAGAGAAGAAGCUUAUGGAAGCAGCGAAGAAGCUGUUUGUUUUAGAUAAGAACGAGGUGGGCGCUUCUUGGCCGAACCUGGGUGCUUAUUCCAAGCCGUUUUUGGAGAAAAUAUGGAGGCGCGCGGCACGAAUUGUAACGAAUAUGCCGAGUGGAGAGAAGGAUCCUUUCUCACUUGGGGACGUGAACACUUGGAGCAAAAAUCAUUUCUCCGAGCCUUUUCUGUUGCCUUUCGUCGGGGUGAUUUCUAUUGCAGGCGAGCACGAGAAAUAUUGUGGAGCUGCAGCGCCGUCAGAGACAAGUUCUUCUACUAUUCUAGAAACGCUUGCCGAAGGCUUUUGUGACGACCUUCUGAAAAAGCCAGGCCCGUGGAAAAAAUGGGGGAAGCUAGGCUGGCCGUCGCUUGUGCACCGAGAUGUUGGGCUCUAUGAAAAUGCUAGUUUUUCGAAAACCUGA